AUGGCAGAUUUUGCUAAAUCAAUAUUUGGAUUUGGCAAUUAUAAUAAAAGAGAUAAUAGUUCACCACCAACUCCUCCUCCAACGUCAUCAUCCAAUACUAAUAUAUCAAUUCAUGAUCAUGAACAAAAUCAACAACAACAUCAGCAACAAAUACAAUCUCAGCAAUCCUAUCAUAAUUAUCAACAACAACAACAAUACCAGCAACAACAAGAAGCACCAAUAGGUCAACAACAAAUAACUCAUCAAUUUGAUGAUCAAAAUCAAGGUGUAAGUAAAUUUAUGCCAAAAGGAUUAGUUAAUGUAACUCCAACAACAGCUACAGCUGCCUCAAAUAAUUCUGCAGUUUAUGGUACAACAUCUACGAAUACAACCAACGAUCCUGGGGCUUAUUUGAAUCAAACUUUUAGAUCAAAUGAUUUACAAUCUCAACACAAUUUAUAUAAUAAUCAACAUCAUCCUCAACAACAACAAACACCACAACAUCAACAACAACCAAUAGUACAACAUCAACAACCACAACAAUCACAAUUACAACCACCAGCACAAGCUUAUCAACAAGAUCCAAUGAUUAUCACCACAGAUGAAUCAGGUCAAACUAUAAAUCAUGGAUCUCACAAUUCUCAACCCAAAGGAAAAUUAAAAGUAACAAUAAUUGAAGCUAGAGACAUACAAGCUACUCAACCAUAUGCAGUUUGUACAUUCGAAAGUUCAGAGUUUGUAACGAAUGGACCAGAUUCUUUUGGUAAAUCUCCGAUGAUAGGAGGUAGUGGUUCAUCAGGUCCAAAAAAUUUAUAUAAUGCAAAUCAUGGACCAAGAGCUUUGCCAAUGAAGAAUAAUCUGAGACCCUCUUUAUAUCAAAGACAAUUGUCAACACCACAAUUAAAUUUAUCUGGUGAUACCUCCAAUCCUAUAUGGAAUCAUGAAGCUACAUUUGAUGUAGUUGGUUCAAAAUCAGAAUUAGAUAUUUCUGUUUAUGAUGCAGCAAGAGAUGAUGCAUUUUUAGGUCAUAUACGUAUUUUUCCAUCAACUGUUAAAAAUAAGAAAAGUCCAAAUGAAUGGUUACAAUUAGGAGCAAGAAUUGUUGGGGAAAGAGUUUCAUCAGGAUCUAUACAAAUUAAUUGGGAAUAUACUUCAUUAGAUAAUAAAAAGGCAUAUGGACCAGAUGAUUUUGAGUUUCUUAGACUUUUAGGAAAAGGUACUUUUGGUCAAGUUUUCCAAGUUAAAAAGAAAGAUACUUCUAGAAUUUAUGCAAUGAAAAUAUUAUCCAAAAAAGUAAUCGUUAAAAAGAAGGAAAUUGCUCAUACAAUUGGUGAACGAAAUAUCUUAGUACGUACAUCAGCUGCUGCAUCACCAUUUAUAGUUGGUUUGAAAUUUUCAUUUCAAACUCCAACCGAUUUAUUUUUAGUUACAGAUUAUAUGUCAGGUGGUGAAUUAUUUUGGCAUUUACAAAAAGAUGGAAGAUUUACAGAAGAAAGAGCAAAAUUUUAUAUUGCUGAAUUAGUUUUAGCAUUGGAACAUUUACAUGAUAAUGAUAUUGUAUAUCGUGAUUUGAAACCAGAAAAUAUCUUAUUAGAUGCUAAUGGUCAUAUUGCAUUAUGUGAUUUCGGUUUAUCGAAAGCAAAUUUAAAUAAUGAUGGUACAACAAAUACAUUUUGUGGAACUACAGAAUAUUUGGCACCAGAAAUUUUAUUAGAUGAAUCAGGGUAUACAAAAAUGGUUGAUUUUUGGUCAUUAGGUGUUUUAAUUUUUGAAAUGUGUUGUGGUUGGUCACCAUUUUAUGCAGAUAAUACUCAACAAAUGUAUAAGAAUAUUGCAUUUGGUAAAGUACGAUUCCCUAAAGAAAUUUUAAGUCCUGAAGGUAGAUCAUUUGUUAAAGGUUUACUUAAUAGAAAUCCAAAACAUAGAUUAGGUGCAACUAAUGACGCGAGAGAAUUGAAAGCACACCCUUUUUUCGCAGAUAUAGAUUGGAAUUUAUUAAAAGCUAAAAGUUUACCACCACCUUUUAAACCUCAUAUCACAUCAGAAACAGAUACAUCAAAUUUUGAUCCAGAAUUUACAUCAGAAUCUACCUCUGCUUUAAAAAAACAAAUGGAAUUAGCAUCUACUCCAUUAUCACCAGGAGUUCAAGCAAAUUUUAAAGGAUUUACUUAUGUUGAUGAUUCAGCAAUGGAUGAUCAUUUUGGAAGAUCUUAUCGUAUGAAUACUUUUAAGAAUUCAGGUUCAUUUAUACCCGGAGACCCAAAUUUACCACCUGCAGAAGAUGCAGUGGAUGAUGAUCAAAUUGAUGAAGAAGAUGAAAUGGAAGUAGAUGAAGAUCAUCAAAUGGAUUAUGAAUUUGUUAAUGGUAGAUUUGAUUUAUAA